AUGUUAAAACCAAAAGCUUUAAGUGAAGUACUUGCUCAAGUAACUAAUGGAGGAAUUCAAUCAACUGUCUUAUUGACACGUGAUGGAGCUUUACUUGCUUAUUCAGGAUUUGAAGCGAAAGAUGCAAAAAUCAUUGCUGCUAUGGCUAGUAGUAUAUUUGCUGCACAUCAACGUGUUCGACAAACACCUACAUCAACACUUCCACAAAAUACUGUUGGUUCGGGUGAUUUAAAUAUGAUUUUACUUGAUGCAGAAGAAGGAAAAAUGGCUAUUGCUUCAGUAGCUACACAACUUGUUUGUAUGGUAGCAAAAACAAAUGUACAAUUAGGAAUGUUAAAAGCUAAAAUGGAUGCUCUUUCAUCAUAUCUUCAAGAACCAUUACGUCAAGUAUCACAAAGCAAUAACUAA